AGGAAAGCGUAAAACGCAGCUAGGUCAGCUUCCUGGUGUUACACUUACCGCAUCAAAUGUGCUUAAUUUAGUUUGAAUAGGAGAGAGUUCUGAAUUUUGAAAUACUUUAAUCUGUUUAUGUAUUCGUGAAGCAGUCUCUUGGUGUCCGUACACAAAGAUCAACCAUGCUGCCUCAGUUUGUGUACAGCACUGAGGAGUUUGUCACAGAUGUGCUUCAGAAAAGAGAAAACCGUCCACCUCCUUCCAAGCUCGACUCGCUCAUCAGAGAUGGUUGGACAGACAGGAUGGACAGAGGACUCUUUCGCUACCUUCUAGGGGAUUUAAAAACGCGUGUCCUACCAGGGUCAAAUGGUUACGUCGCUCAGCUCAAUGUUCAACGUGGAAUUGAGAGGAGGAAGCCCCAGGAGAUACUGAGCAUUCAGCAAGAGUUUAAUCCCAGCCAGUUUAACUUCAACAAAAUAAAUGCAGAGGAAAUUAUGUUUGAGAUGAUGAAGGACGCAGGUGGAGGAAGAGAUGUGCGUGAUGACCAGUUGCCUCAAACUUGCAGGACGGUUGUGUUGAUCAAUGUUAGCCCUUUGGAGUUUGGACACUGUCUUCUUGUUCCAGAUCCGUCUCUCUGUUUACCACAGAUCCUGACAAAAGCUGCUGUCCAGGUCGGUAUCGAGUCUGUGCUCCUCAGCUCCAGCCCAGGUUUCCGUGUGGGGUUUAACAGCCUUGGAGCAUUUGCAUCUGUUAAUCACUUACACCUUCAUGGAUAUUACCUGGACCAUGAGCUGAAGAUUGAAUCCAGCCUGGUUAAACCUUUGAUACCCGAGAAGAAUUUUUUUCGCAUCCAAGAUUUUCCGGUUGGAUUUUUGCUCUAUACAGAAUCCGAAGAAGUGGAGAUGGCAGCAAGAACGAUCUGUAAAGUGACAGACUUUUUUGUGGGUGAAAACAUCGCUCAUAAUCUGUUCCUGACCAGAGGAUGCCCACCAAGUGGUCAAAUGCAGACUGCAAAGGAGAGCUGUUUAAGAAAAGGUGUUCGCAUAGCUAUUUGGCCCAGAACAUCCUGCUUCGGUGCCAAAGAGGAAUCUGCCUUUAAUGUUGCACUCUGUGAGUUAGCAGGGCAUUUACCCUUUAAAAACAAAAAGGACUUUGAGUGUACAACUGAGAGAGAGGUCAUCAGUAUAGUUCAGAAGUAUCUUCUGCCUGAUGAUGAGUUUCACAAACUGGAAGAACAGCUUGUUAAACACCUACUGACUCACUAAUGCCUGGAAUACAUCUUGAAAGACUUAAAGAGUCAGUGCAGUGCUUAAAACUCCAAAACGUCAGCAUCAGCUAAUGAGUUGCUAAUGGUUUUGCUUUUAGGUUACUGACUGAAGUCUAUUAAUAAAUGCACUUUUGUUUAAAUAUCAGAUUUAACCUAAAAGGUACCUAAACCCCCUUUGGUGUCAAAAUAUCAAAAAUGGUGUCUAACAGAAAAGGUUUCAACAAUUGAAUGUGUAAAUAAAUCUGAAUUGGAUAUACAAUUAUCUGGUCUUCAUUUGAAAACUCUUCAGUGUUACAGAUUUUGAAACUGAACUGAUGCAGGUUAGUCAAGAAGCGAAAAUAAGCAAAACAAAUUGAAAAGGGUUCCUCCACCCUCAAUAAGGCUCACAGUAAAUAAAUAAACUGAAAGAAAUAUCAAGACAUUUAAGUCUGAAAAUUUAAAUAAAAAAUAUUUAGGAGCUCUGUAUCAUAAACAGUAAAUCAAUAGAUACCCUACCAAAAGUAAAGUUGUUCAUGACCAAUUAAAAAGAAAUAGAAGUAAUAAACCCAAAAGAAGAAUUAAUUCCAUAAAUAUGUUAGAAUUAUUUCUAAUUUUGAAGAUAUUAGAAAUAACAAUAUAUUUCUAUAAAAUAAUAAUAUAGAAAAAAUAUUAAUGUCUUCAACAGGAUAUUGGUUUGAAGACACCAAAAUAAUGAGCAUUUACUUUUAGUUUACAGACUUAUUUUAUCCCAUUAAGUAAUAGCUUAAGGAAGCUGGCUGUGUAUAAGGUCUUUAUCCUGACUUAGAAACCUCAUAGUUCUACUAAGAGUGUUUUAAUAAGCAUAAUUAUUCAGCUACAUGUAGUUUCUUAACAUUUGAAACUACAUGUAGCUGUGACAUAUAACUCCAGGCAAAAGUCAUAUGAGACUUGAAGAAAUGACUCAGUUGAACAAAUAGAAACCCGGAUGUUUAAUUGUCUGUGAAUGUACAGUAUAAACAGGCAACUGGAAAACCAGUUGUCAUGUUGAAAGGUUGUGUUGAUGCUGGACUGCAUUGUAGAAAAGCUGAAAGCUGCUAAUUUGUUAGGAAAUGGUUUAUGACUGACAGAAAUUAAGCAACUUAACAUUUUGCUGACCUGUUGGCAGAAUCACAUUACUGUUAAAUACUGUAACCGUUUCUAUUAAUGUAGCAUCGGAAAUUUAUGACUUGACAUGGGCUGGUAUGAUAAUAUCAUUUUAUGACUAUUUUGAGGAAAGAUACCAAAGCUUCACAGUGUGUUGGUAUUGACAAAAACUCCUUCAGGAUUUUCUGAUAGCCAUCAGAUCAGCCCCACACUAUCAUCAUGAGGUUUUGUUGUCAGUAUAUUUUUUUCUGAGGUGCUGUUAAGUUUUUUUUUCCAGUUGCAACCUAACCCACACCGUCUAAAAGGUUACGCAUUUGUCUCAACAGUCCUCAAAAUAUUUUCAUAAACUAUCAUCUAGAUGUUUUUUGGCAAAUGUAAGAUGCCUUACCUUUCUGUUCUUGUUGGUCUGCCGUGGAUUCUGGCUUCUAACUCCUAUGGAUACCAUUUUUGAACAGAUUCUUGUUAACACGUGAACACCUACCUAUCAGUGCCGCACAUCAUCCCAGGUAAACACAUCUUCCGCCAGAAUGACCUCACCUAGGCAGCAGCAUGACUUUCUAGGAUCAUUGAGCAUAUAGCUGCUCACUUUAAUGAGGGCCAGGCAGCUCUCAACAUGAUCUUUAUCUAUUGAAGAGGCAGUGUAUUUUUCACACUAUUUAAAUCUUUUUUCUUUAAUAUGAAAAAUAUAUAUCUCAGCCUUUAACUUCUUAGUAUCCAGAUGAAUAAGAGAGGCCAGCUGUUUCUUUGCUCAGUGGUUGUUUGCAUUUGGGAUUUUCUUUUUUUUAAUCACUACACCACUGAUUACUCUGUGGUUACUCUCAUAUUUUUUUUAAAUCAAACACUAUAAUCCUUAUGCUUCAUAUCUGAUCCCCCAAGAAUUUACUUUAGACUACCCAUUUAAACAUGCUUUGUUCAAUCAGAAUAAGCCGGACAUUGUA